AUGAAACCUACGGUUCAGUGUGACAGCACGCAGGACAACAGGGUGCCUAUAAGUGGACCAGAAAAACUAGCAGAAGUAGAUUUGGCAGAUGGACACAAGAAAGUUCUUGUGGGAGAAGACUUAACGCCCACCUUGGAAGCAAACCUAGUUGAAUUCCUCACGACACGACUGGACGCCUUCGCAUGGGAUCACGAAGAUAUUACGGGAAUCAGCCCAGACGUCAUCACGCACAAGUUGAAUGUGGAUCCAGAUUUUAAACCUAUACAGCAGAAAAGGAGGAAGUUUGCUGCUGAAAGGAACAAAAUCGUCAAGGAGGAGGUAUCACGUCUGUUAAAAGCAGGAAUGAUCAAAGAAGUUGAAUAUCCGGAGUGGCUGGCCAAUGUGGUCAUAGUGCAGAAAAAGAACGGCAAAUGGAGGGUCUGCGUAGACUACACUGACUUGAACAAGGCAUGCCCAAAAGACCCCUUCCCACUGCCUCACAUCGACACGAUGGUGGACUCCACGGCUGGACAUGAACUGUUGACAUUUCUAGACGCCUCGAGUGGAUUCAAUCAGAUUCAGAUGGAACCUAGUGAUGCCGAAAAGACAGCCUUCAUCACGGAGAGAGGCAUAUACUGCUACUUGGCCAUGCCAUUUGGCCUACGCAAUGCAAGUGCUACUUUCCAAAGACUAGUCAACAAAAUGUUCAAACAACAAAUCGGACGCACUAUGGAGGUGUACAUUGAUGACAUGGUGGUCAAAUCAAAGCGAGCAGAAGACCACGUCAGGGACCUAGAGGAAGCAUUCGACAUACUUCGUGAAUUCAACAUGAAGUUAAACCCCAACAAAUGCAACUUUGCUGUUUCCUCCGGGAAAUUCUUGGGACAUAUGGUGACAAGGAGGGGGAUUGAAGCCAGCCCUGAGCAAGUGAAGGCAAUAUUUGACCUGACAAGUCCAUCCAACGUGAAGGAGGUCCAAAAAUGCAAGAUGUUUUAUGAUGUCUUGAGGAAGAACAAAGGAUUCGAAUGGACGCCUGAGCAUGAAGAGGCACUCAGGGCCUUGAAAAAGUACCUCACCACACCUCCACUUCUUGCCAAGCCUAUACCAGGAGAAGAACUCUACCUUUAUCUCUCCGUCACGGAACAUGCCGUCAGCAGUGUGCUUGUGAAGCAGGUCGACAACACACAAUUCCCAGUCUAUUAUGUCAGCAAAAGUUUGAUUGACACGGAGACAAGAUACACACCUCUGGAAAAGCUAGUCUUGGCCCUCGCUAUGACUUCGACAAAGCUGAGGCACUACUUUGAGACACACAAAAUCCGGGUGAUGACCAAUUUCCCCUUAAGGAUGGUAUUGAGCAAACCAGACAUGACCGGACGCAUGGCGAAGUGGUCCAUCCGCUUGAGCACUUAUGACAUCGUCUAUGAACCCCGAACCGCUAUAAAAUCACAAGCACUGGCAGAUUUUGUGGCUGAUUUCAGUCCGAGUCUCAUGGCGCAGGCAGAGGUAGAGUGUCAACAGUUGACAACGACACAGGACCAAGAGCCUUGGAUCUUGCACACAGACGGAGCGUCCAACGUGAAUGGCACCGGAUUAGGACUCGUCCUCAAAUCGCCACAGGGGGACACCAUGCCAUAUGUAAUAUGCUGCGACUUCAAAGCAACAAACAACGAGGCUGAGUACGAGGCACUAAUUAUGGGACUGAUCAUCGCAAAAGACUUAAAGGUUAAGCACAUCAAUAUCAACUGUGAUUCUCUUCUAAUUGUUAAUCACGUCAAUGGCUCUUACGAAGCUAAAGACACCAAAAUGUCAUUAUACCUUAACACUGUGAAACAACUACAACACUCGUUUGACACGUUCAACAUUCAACAGGUGCCUAGAGAACUCAACACGCAAGCUGAUGCCUUGGCGGGACUAGGUGCCGUCAUGAAAAACAACAACAUUCUCAACGUCCCAAUUAUUCACGUCCUGAAACCAGCCAAUGUAAGGACAGAGGACCAGAUGACAGCCCACAUAAUGGACAUAGAAGAAGCAUGCUGUAACAAAGACAAAUGGAUCCAGACAUAUAAGGACUACCUCCAGCUAGGAGACCAACCCACUGAUCGUAAUGAAGCCAGAAUGCUACGCAUGAAGGCCUCAAGGUUCGUCAUGAUCGAUGAAGUCCUAUUCAAGAAGUCAGCAACUGGGCUCCUGCAGAGAUGUCUCACCAGCAGUGAAGCAGAUGUAGUAUUACGAGAUCUUCACGAAGGAGAAUGCGGAAAUCACACAGGGGGAAGGAACUUGUCACUCAAAGUGCUAAGAAUGGGAUACUAUUGGCCUACCGUAAGACAAGACGCCAUAGAUUACGUCAACAAGUGUGACGCUUGUCAACGCCAUGCACCUGUCAUCCACCAGCCAUCAGAGCACCUGCACACCCCAAUACCGUCGUGGCCCUUCAUGAAGUGGGGAAUGGAUGUUGUCGGGAAGCUGCCCACUGCGCCAGGUCAGAAAGUAUUCAUGCUUGCCAUGACGGAUUAUUUCUCUAAGUGGGUGGAGGCAGAAGCCUACCGUCGGGUGACGUCAAAGGAGGUCAUCUCAUUCAUAAAGAAGAACAUUCUCUGUAAAUUCGGAGUGCCAUCAGAAAUUGUGUGUGACAAUGGGUCCCAAUUCAUAAGUGACAAAACUGAAGCUUUCUGCAAGAAGUACAAUAUAAACUUAGUGAAGUCAACACCUAGAUACCCGCAGGCCAACGGCCAGGCAGAGUCGAGCAACAAGAUCAUCAUCAACAACCUCAAGAAGAGAUUGGCAUCUUGCAAGGGAAGAUGGGCUGAAGAACUACCUUGGGUCUUGUGGGCAGACAGGACGACACCAAAAGUUUCUACGGGACAGACGCCUUUUAGCUUGGUCUAUGGAGCAGAGGCAGUCUUGCCAACAGAGGUCGUAAUGCCAACAGCGAGAUAUGGACUUCUCACCCAGGAAGCAAAUUCCACAGAACUGAUUCACGACCUAGACACCAUAGAUGAAGCCAGGGAUAUGGCCAAGAUGCGGCUAGCCGCUUACCAACAGCAAGUCGCCAGAAGCUACAACAAGCAUGUUCACGUCCGGGCAUUCAAGAUAGGCGACAUGGUUCUGAGAAAAACUUUCCAGAAUACAACGGACCCAGCUGCGGGAAAGUUUGCGGAUACUUGGGAAGGACCGUACUUGGUCGAUGCAAUUGUUGGACAAGGGGCUUACCACCUGUCAACAUUGGAGGGGAAACAGGUUCCCAGAAGUUGGAAUGCACUACACCUAAAAGCUUAUCACAUGUAG